AUGGACACGUCUUUUGAAAGCUGCAAGCUGCGGGAUGAGCAACACUACAAGAAUUUGGAUGAUGAAAAUCAGUAUUUCUUGGUGCUUAUAUUGGGCGAUUUCCAAGAUGCGACGAUAAUCCCAAAAGAUGUUGUGCCGCAUUUCAAAGGAGAGAUCCCAGGAGAGAUCAAGCUAGAAACUCGAAAUGGUUACACUCACACUAUUGUGGUUGCCAAGAACCAAGAAAAGCAUGUCCUUACAGUGGGUUGGCGGCAAUUUGUUGAAAGUUAUGAUCUACAGGAGGAUGAUUCCUUAAUAUUCAGAUACAAAGGGAACUCUCAGUUUAGUGUAAUGAUCUUUGAUAAGCUUGGUCCUGAAAAAGCAUUUUCAGUUGUUCUGGAUCCUUUUUUGCCUCAGGUCCAAGACAGGUGUAACGAGGCACAUGAAAUCGGGCAUUCUCAAAAGAUGGAAGUGCCUCCGAAAAGAAGAAAAAGCCGGAUUGAAUAUCACUACGCAAACUUGGAUGAUGAGAAGAAAUUUUUCUUGGUGCUUAUGAUGGACAAUUUUCAACAUGAGAUGAUCAUCCCAGAAGGAUUUGUUCAGUGUUUCAAGGGCGAAUUCCCAAGAGAGAUGAUACUUGAAACACAAAAUCGUUGCAUUUAUGAAAUUGGAGUUGCCAAGAACAAUGAAAAGCUUGUCCUUACAGUGGGAUGGGGGAAAUUCGUCGACACCUUUGGUCUAGAGAUGGGUGACGCCAUAGUAUUCAGAUACAAUGGGAACUCUCAGUUUAAUGUCAUAAUGUUUGACGAACUUGGUUGUGAGAAGGCAUCAUCAGUUUUUCUGGAUCCUUUUCCGCCUCCUGUGCAAAAAAGGUGCACAAGUGCUACUGAUACUGUGAAAAGUUAUAAUUUUCAUCCUCAGCCCAUACAAAUGGUACUGCCAGAGUCACCACCAACGAAAAGGGGUGCCAUACAAACGCAGUCAUUUAGCACAAUGAAAGGCAUGCCAAUGGAGUCACCACGCCUCCAAAUGGAAAGGGACAAGUCAUGUCAAGACAACGACACUGUGAUAAAAGAUGAUGUCCCCUCUGAAGAAGUACGUGAAGUGACUGGUUCCGAUUGCAUCGUCUGGAAGAAGGUACGAUCUUCAUUUCAGAAGGAGCAGUUGAAGGGUCGUUAUAUUACCACCCACAAGAGUAGGCUAACUUCACCUCAGAAGGAAGUGGUGAAGCAGAAGGUCCAAUCCAUACAACCAGAGAUCCCAUUCUUUGUUGCCGUGAUGCGCAAGUGCAACGUUGUUUUAGAAUUCUUUCUGGUUUUCCCAAAACGCUAUGCUAAGGCAUAUCUUAAAGAGAAGCGACACUUGUCUCUUCAGGUGAUGGGCAAGGAGUGGCCGGUGUGGUUUCGUGAAAACAGUUGCGAUAAAAGGCUCGGAAAUGGGUGGAAACGGUUUGUAGAAGACAACAAGCUGAAGAUGGGUGAUAUGUGCCUCUUUCAACUGUUGAGAGAUGAGAGAACCAUGGAGGUACAUAUCAUCCCCGCCGCAAACGAUGCCACUUACCGGGCAGGUCUCCAAAAUGGUGCUGACCGGGAAGCGGCGUUCCGGGGAGGGGCUCCUACUCAUCAUACGGAUGGAGCGCGUGAUCCUGACACAAGGUUGCUUCGCAUCACUAAAACUGAAGCUGUGGAAGAUGAUGUUUGUUGCCCUUGA